AUGGUUCUAAAAUUUACUGUCAUCCUUCUACUCCUUUCUACUUGCGACGGGUAUUUUAUUGACAAGGAAUUUGAAUGGAAAUAUGUAAAAUAUCUAGAAGCAGAAGUUGUGGAUGAAUGGAUCGACAGAUUGAAUACUUUUGAUGAGACUAAGAACACUCUGAGACUGGCUAGGAAGCUGGGAGAAGAGCUACAGUCAGACGAUGAUUAUGAGAAAUUCUUUGACCAUAUCCUUCAGUAAGACUUAGAUGGCGGACUCAAUCGAUGAUUUCAGAUUUAACAAAAACUACGAAACAGAAGAGGAGCUAAGUUUCCGUUUUGAAGUCAUUAAAAACUCGUUAAAAGAUAUCGAAAAACGUCAAGAAACCAAUCCCGAGGCACAAUACGGACUAACGGAACUCUCAGAUCUGACCAAAGAAGAGUUCUUCGAGUUCUAUGCGAAUCUUCAAAUGAAAGAUCUUGAAGAUUUCCCUCUUAUUGAGGAUAACCCAGAAUCCAAUGUCACAGCAAAGCUAAUGGCUCCUGCUAGCUUUGACUGGAGAACCGCGAAGAAGGUAAGCGGCGUAAAGGAUCAAAAACGCUGUGGAUCUUGCUACGCAUUUGCCGCUGUGGCCGCGAUUGAAAGUAUCCAUGCAAUCAAAAGAGGGCAAUUAUACGACCUAAGUGCCCAACAGGCCGUUUCCUGCACCUUUGGAAACGUGAAUCACGGGUGUCAAGGAGGUGUUCCGGACAACGUGAUGUCCUACUUUACUACUCAUGGAAUCACAACCUGGGAUAAGUUUCCGUACGUCUCCGGGGAUCAUCAACAAAUCCCUCCUUGUACACCAAAACCGUCUGUCACAAAACUCAACCGAAUUGGUAUUUUGAAAGCCCACGAUGAGAAUGGAAUCAAGGAAACGGUGUUUAACAAUGGACCUGUGGUUUCGGGUGAGUCACAAUCUAUCGGAAGGGAUCCCCUGAUUUCUAUUUCUACCGUAAUGUUUCUGCUAAAAUACAACAAUAUUCAGGGAUUGACGCGAGUGCUUUGCAACAUUAUCGAGGAGGAAUUGUCCAUCAUCAAGUCGGAAAACCCUCUCUGAACCACGCUGUUCUUACUGUGGGUUACGGUAGCGAAAGAGGAGAUGAUUAUUUCAUAAUCAAAAACUCAUGGGGAAGAGGUUGGGGCGAAGGAGGCUACUUUAGAUGUGGAAGGAACAGAAAUGAUAUGAAUAUCGCGUUAUAUAAUGUUGCUGCAUACAUUUAA